AUGUCUCCCGCACCUCGUCGCCAACGUCAAUCCUCACCCCCGACCCUCAUCACCUCCCACCCUCCUGCGGCCGAUCGCCGGCCUCCGCUUGCGGCCCUCUUCCUCAUCGACUUCGAUGUCAAGGCAGGCUACACCAUCGUUUGGAAGCGCGCCGUCCCCAGCACCCUCGAGCUUGACGGCUGCGUCGAGUACAAGUCGCUGCCCUCCGGCCUGCACACGGUCCGGGACGACCUCAUCUACUUUGUUCACCAUGACUCCCAUGCCGGCCUCAGUGCCUUCGUCAACGAGCCUUGCGAUGAGGAGGAUGCCCGAAACGCUCGCAUGAUUGCCGUCGGCAUCCUCGUCCCCCUGAGCUACGGCCGCCUCGGCAGGGCGUGGAGGCAUGCCGAUGACUUGAAGGAUAUGGCAGCGAAGCUCGCAAAAGACCGCAACAUGACCGAGGUGCUGGAGCAGUAUUGGAACGCCAACAAGGCAAAGGACGCCGGCUCGGUCUAUUGCCCCGCCGAUCUCCCCCCCUCCCCUACGCUGGAUAGAAAGACGCCGGCUGGAAAUCAAUCCUCGUCGGAUGGCCACGCUCUGCUGCCCGCUCAGCAUAAACUCUCUCCCAACCACCCCGCCUGGAGCUUGAGCAAGUUGCUCGACAAGUUCGGCCCGCUCAUAUUUCCCAUCCAUAGAGCCGCCUUGCUACGAAAGCGCAUUCUGAUAUCAUGCCAUGCUCCGGUCCAUGAAGUCUGCGAUUUUGGUAACCUCACCCUGGCCGACGUGAUUCUCUCCCUCAUCGCUGACGACCUCGCAGUAUAUGACAUCUCUAUUCUCUCCAGCAUCCCCGUCUCCGUCGUCGACUCGCUGCCCGCCUCGGCACCCGCCCCGAGGAUGCGACCGCUUUUCACCAUCGGCAUCCAUGAUAUUCCUUUCCUCGUAAAGGACUUCGAGGCCACCAAAUCCCCGGCCGAAGCCCGCGAGAGCGUCGAAGAUGAAGCAGGCACCGGCUGGGUCGCCUGCACCACGGACAGCAUUCUGGCCAUGAAGGACACUCUUUGGGACAUGCUCAUCACUCUACCCGCCGAGCACUCGACCAACGCCAAGGAAAAGGUUUGGCCUACGGUAGAGUGUCCUCGCGGAAAUCCAGUCAAGGCAACUCAGCGCGACCUCCGCCGCUUUAACGCUCUCCGCGCCGGCCUCGACCGUUUGGCUGCGUCUGCACCCGACCCGUCUCAUGACACUCCUGAAGUUGAGACAUCGCCCACGUCUCCCCCAAUGGGCUCCCGCCAACCGGAUUUGUCCGCCUCGGAUGAAGGAAUUGACCAGCUUGUCGAGCCACCGAGUUGGGCCGCUCUUGCCUACAACGGUUAUAUGUGGUGGGCUAGCGCUGGCGAGCAACUGCGCUCCGAAGAGCAGGAAGAAUCCAGUCGUGACGCCGGACUGCUCGCCGACCUCUUUCCCACUCACCAGACCUCGCUUCGGUCAUCGUUGCGACCUGAUCCCCUGACCGACUCCGUUCUCUCACUUGCCGGUCGGCGUGCCGCAGAGGCGGAUGAGGCUCGCAUCGAGCUUGCUAUUAUCGCCUACUUUCACCGUCUGACCACCCAGAUUCUGUCCGUUGUCGUCGAUGUUGUCGAUGGUGCCGACGAGGCCUACCCUGGACAAUACCGUGACGCUGACGACCAAGACGAGGAUUCCGGCAAUGACGAUGAUGAUGAAAGAGAGGUGCUGCUCAGCAACGGCACAGAUAUGAACGUCGUCACGGUGGAUAGUCAGUGUGUCGAAAAUAUGGGGUUGGAUGUUUGGAGUGCGAGCGAUGCGCAGUUUGUUCAAGACCUCGUCUCCGCCUAUUUCGACCGCGAGGCACACAUAGAAGGCAAGGGCGUCGAGGUCUGCGGCGUUAGGGUCUGCUGA